AUGGAAGUAAAUACUAGCUGGUUUCAGUUUGCACUAAAUGUACAGCAAAGAGGCAGUAAUGGAGACCUAGAAAAGGUGUUUUUAGUAGCAUGGGAAAUGUGGUACUGGAGAAAUCAGUUAAUCCAUGAAGAAGUGGUCAUAUCCGCCUUGCAAGCUGUAGAAAUGGCCCUGUCCUCCAAGAAUACUCAUUUGCAGGCUCUUGCUUCCCAAGGCCCUAGGAAUGCUUGUCGGUGGGAAGCCCCUGAUCCUGGAAUUCUGAAGCUAAAUGUGGAUGGAGUGGUGUUUGCAAAUCAAAGAAGUGCAGGUGUGGGUUUUAUUCUCAGAAACUCAAAGGCUGAAGUCAUCUUCUCUGCUAGCAAAAAAGAAAAUGAUAUUAAUGACCCUAUCGAAAUAGAAUUGCUAGCAAUUUUGAGAGGCCUCCAGUUUUGCAUUCCCCUCGGUAUCUCGCAUUUGGUUAUAGAAAGUGACUCCAUACUAAUGGUGAAUGAAGUGCAAAGUGAUUCCUUAUCUAGAUCGCUCCACGGCAAUCUGGUGCAACAGAUUAAGCAGGUUAUGUUAAGAUUUCCUUCUUGUUCUAUUCAACACAAUAGCCAUUUAGGCAAUGGUGCAGCCCAUGGGUUGGCAAACUUUGCAUGGAAUAUAGAUGAUCUGAUAACUUGGUAG